AUGAAGGUAGCUAUCGCAGGUACAAGCAAUGUUGCCCAGUAUCUAAUCGAGGAGCUUACAACAUAUGGACACGACGUAAUAGUACUCACGCGGAAUCCAAAGCGCGAGGAGAAGAAAGUUGAGCACCGAGUAACCGACUAUAGCGUUGCAUCCCUCGUUGCUGUCUUGAAAGACUGCGAUGCAUUAGUGUCGACAAUUGCAGAUUUCAGCAACCCUCCUGCGGCAACCGAAAUCCACUUCAACAUGCUUGAAGCAUGCAUACAAUCGAGGAAAUGCAAAACCUUUAUCCCAUCAGAAUGGACUCACAACGUCGAAGAUUAUCCCGAGCAGCCGAUGUUUCUUGCUGACGCCAAUAAAGCGCUACAUCAGAGACUCAAAGAGGAGAUGAGCAUUAGAUGGACGAUCAUCUGCAAUUCAUGGUUUACAGACUAUGUUGUAAGAAAGUCACAACGCUAUUUACGUGACCUGGGUCCUCUCUGGCCAAUGGAUUUUUCAAGCAAGGUCUUUACUAUUUAUGGGCCCGGGACCCAGAUAAUAGAUCUCACACCUGUUCGAGAUGUCGCUAAGGCUGUCGCGGUGCUGAUCGACAGUAAAGAACCCUGGGAGCAACAUACCUAUCUCUCGGGCGAUCAGCUUUCGUGGAAUGAUCUGUUUGCGAUCAUAAAGAGGCGGGAUCCAGAGUGGACGAGCCAGAACAAGCCACUAGCGAACACGAUCCAUCAAAUUACCGCCAAUGAAUCACCUGAGAGCGUUUUCCUGGGCCAUUUCGAGAUAUUAAGCUACUCUGGGGCGCUGGCGCUUCCGAAGGAGAAAGUUCUAAGGCAACGUUCUAAAUACUUUCAAGACAUCCACUUCCGUACGGUUGAUGAAAUUCUAGAGACCGCAGCAGCACGAGAUGGGAUUGUCUAG